AUGGUGGAUAACUAUGUAGUUAGAAAUCCAAUCUUUGACGGGACAAACUAUGCAUUUUGGAGUAUUAAAGUGAAAGCCUAUCUAAACGCACUUGGCUAUGAUGUUUGGCAGUCCAUGGUGGAUGGGUACACACCUCCAUCAACUCCUCCGACUGAUACGGUUAUGCAUUGCAAAUUAGCCAAAGAGAUAUGGAACAAAUUAAAAGGUAUCUAUGAAGGGGAUGAAAAAGUAAGAGAAGCCAAGCUUCAAUCACUUAGAAUGAAAUAUGAAAGUCUUAAAAUGAAGGAAGAUGAAGACAUCGCUGCCUACUUCUUGCGUGUGGAUGAAAUUGUGAAUGCAAUCACAUCAUUGGGAGAAGAAGUUGAAGACACACUCCUUGUUCAAAAAUUGCUAAGAACUUUGACAAUGAAAUUUGAUCCUAAGGUAUCAGCCAUAGAAGAAAUGAAGGAUUUGAAAACAUUGACAAAAGAUGAAUUGUUUGGAAUUCUCACAGCCUAUGAAAUGAGAAGAGAAGACAAACCUUCUCAAAAGGAAGUAGGGCACUAUGCUUCAAAGUGUCCUCAAAAUGAAAGCGAUAGUAGUGAAGAGGAAAAGAAGAACUAUCCAAAGGAAAAAGGAAAGAAAUACUUCAAGCAGAAUUACUCAAAGCAUAAGAAAAGCUUCUACUCUAAACAAAGCUCUAGUUCAUCAGAAGAAAGCUCUGAAGAUAUGUCCAGUAGUGAUGGAGAAGAAAUUCUUUUCAUGGUAGUGAAAGUUGAGGACGAUGAAGAUGAAAAAGAAGAAGAUCAAGAGGCUAUGAGUGAUGAAGAAGAUGUAGAUCUAGAAGAAGAGUUACAUUAUGCUUAUGAACAAAAUGAAAAGCUAAAAGGAAGGGUUUCAAAAUAUAAGACAAAAUUACAAGAGUCAAGAAAGCUCAUUAAAGACCUAAAAAUACAAUUAGAGGAAGCAAAGAAGACUGAGAAAGAGAUAAAAGAUCAGCUUAAAAGUAAAGAGGAAGGAUGCAGUAAAUUAGAAUCAUAA